AUGGCAGAGGUCGGCGGCUCCUUCAAAGACUCCCUCACCCAGGCGCAGAAGGAUGAAUUGAGUGCGAUUGCCCACAAGAUCGUUGCUGAUGGCAAAGGAAUUCUGGCCGCUGAUGAAUCUACUGGUACGCGAGAAACUCCUAGACGCUCUUACCAUAAGCAAUUGCUCUUCACCACACCAAAUCUUGGCGAACAUAUCUCUGGAGUAAUCCUUUUCGAGGAAACGUUCCAUCAGUCAACUGACAAAGGAGAGAAGUUCGUCGAUCUGCUGAAAAAACAGGGAGUCAUCCCAGGAAUCAAAGUAGAUCUUGGUGUCGUCCCACUAGCUGGAACCAUUGGGGAAACAACCACUCAGGGUCUCGAUAACCUUGCUCAGAGAGCUGCUGUGUUCAAAAAGGGAGGAUGUGGUUUCGCAAAAUGGCGUUGUGUCUUGAACAUUGGACCUCAUACUCCUUCACAUUUGGCAAUGUUGGAAAAUGCCAACGUCUUGGCAAGGUAUGCAUCGAUUUGCCAGGCUAAUGGUCUCGUUCCCAUCGUUGAGCCUGAAGUCCUUUGUGACGGUGACCAUGACAUUCACCGUGCCCAAAAGGUCACUGAGCAGGUCUUGGCCUACACCUACAAGGCUCUGGCUGAUCAUCAUGUGUACCUCGAAGGUACCCUGUUGAAGCCCAACAUGGUCACACCAGGUCAAUCAUGCCCGCACAAGGUCAGUCAUGAAGAAAUCGGUUUGGCUACAGUCACCGCCCUUCGCCGCACAGUCCCAGCUGCUGUACCCGGCAUCACGUUCCUUUCAGGCGGACAGUCUGAAUUGGACGCAACCGCUAAUCUACAUGCUAUCAACAAUGCUAAACUUCUGAAGCCGUGGAAGCUGAGCUUCUCAUACGGUCGUGCUCUACAAGCUUCAGUUCUGAAGGCAUGGCAGGGCAAGGAUGAAAACGUUCAGGCCGCCCAGAGAGUCUUCCUGCAUAGGGCUAAGGCUAACGGUAUGGCUGCUAUGGGAAAGUAUGAAGGUGAAGAUGCUGCUGGCGCUGCUGCGGAGUCUCUAUUCGUUGCUAAACACGCCUAUUGA